AGCAGGGCCAGAGGGGGAGUGUGGCUCGGUUUGUGGCCCCUGGCGAGCAGCCUGACCUCCACCCCGGACCAGCUGUUAGGGAAGGGUCCAGCUGGCCCAGAUCCUGCGGUCCCGGCCCCUGAUGCAAUUCCUCUCACCCCAUGCCGGCCUUGCACAAUUCAGGGCUUGCUUGAUGAGGAGGAGGAGGUUGAGGCUGGAUCCACCUCCUCCCUAUGCUACAAGUUAACGAUUGAUCUCUGGGGGAGAGGAAAGAGAGGGAGAGCUGAAGCUGGCGGCUGGCCAGCAGACAGUGCCCCAGGCAUAAAAGGGAAGGGCCGGUGGCUCCGAGACCAGUCCCAGUUCAGCCUCCAGCCUCCUCUGCGCCACAGCCAUGUCCCUCCUCUUGUGCUUGCUCCUGAUGCCCAGCCUGGCCCUGCCUAUGCCCACGCGCCCCAAGCCGAGCCCAGAGCUGGCGCUGCAAGAGGAAGUCAACAUCCUCCUCCAUGGCGUCCUGCAGUUUGGCCAGGCCCUCAAGCACAUCUACAAAGCCACAGAGACCCAGCUGGCCGAGGCCAGCCGCAGCCUGGGCCUGUACGAGCAGACCGUGCUGAUGAUGCAGCAGGACCUGGGCAGUGCCCGGGCAGGGACCCAGGAGCUGCAGAGGAACCUGGGGGAGCUCCAGGUAGCUGAGUGCGGGGGAGGUAGGCCCCGGGGCAGCCGCAGCCGGGACGCCCUGCGCAGCUCCUGGCGCUCCCACGGCUCAGGGCCCUCGGAGGGCUUGGCAGGAGACGUCUCCCCAGCUCACCUGCCCUCAGCGCUUCUAACAGCUGCCUUGCCUCCACAGGUGGAAGAGAAGACCCUGGAGCUGCAAGCUCAGGGGGCCGGGAUUGCCCUCAGCCAAGUGCUGGAGGGUCACCGGGAUCUCCAGCAAAGGGUGGAGAAGCUCCAGGGGGCCUUGGCUGCCAUGGUGCCCCCCCGCCCCCAGAAGGAGCUUGAAGACCUCAAGCUCUAUGCGGACAAACAAAGCCAGAUCAUCUGGUCCCUGAUGGGUCAUGUCCAGCGGCAGCAGCGAGAGCUGACCCAGCAGCAGCAGCAGCUGUCUCACAUUCGGGCCAGGCUCCAAGCUGUAGCACUCCCAUCCUGAGCUUGCCUCAGGAGGAAGACUGAGCCCAAGUAGGACGACCCUGGACAAGGGCCCAGCAUGGGAGAGCAUUCGGGUCCUGGCUGACCGGACGGCUGGAGAGCGCGCUCGGGGGACCCGAGUUUGGAGGCCGGACGCCACUGACUGUCUGUGUAAUCUUGGUCAAGUCACAACUUCCCGGGACCUCAGGAUGGGGGGACGGACCGCACGGCCCCCGGAGCUCCCUCCCUGAGGGGCCGCUAUGGCAGGGGCCCGGCUGAAGAGCUCGGGAGGCUGAGGAGCCGGGUGCGGAGAAGCCGGCCAGAGGAGAGGUUGCUGGGGGGCUAGGCCCUCGGGCAGGCUGCAAAGCUGACAUUAAACCAUUGUUUUGGUCUGUAGCCGCCUGGACCUAUUUCUUGGGGAUGGGAGGGGGACUUGUGCGAUCCCAAGGCUCUCAC